UCAUCCUCAAUUUUGCUCCGACCAAUCAGCGCCCUCCGUUCUUAAAAAAUCAUCAAGCUAAAGCGAGGAAUCGAGUCAUCAGUCAUCGAGCUCUUGUUGCAUCGAGCCAGCAAGAGAGUCGAAAAUAAACAAAUCAAGAAAACAGCUGAAGAAAUUCCAGAUUACGGAAAAGGAAGAGGAAAUUUUGGAAAAUGGACACCUCAAGGCGAUAUAAACAUGAUCUAGAUAACAAAAAGAGUUCAAAGAACGAACGGGAUGUUGACAAGAGAAGAAAUCAUUCUCCAACGCGUAGUAAACAAGAGAGGUCGAGGAGACGGUCGAGGUCCUCGUCAGACUCCGAACGGGAAAAGAGAAAAAAGGACAAGAAAAGCCAAAGGUCCAGUUCGAAGUCGAGCAAGAAGAAAAAGGAAAAACGCAAGAGAAGACGCAUCAGCAGUUCCUCCAGCAGCUCGAGUCAGUCCUCAGCCGCUUCGACCAACAAUGGGAAACUGAUGAAGAAACUGGAGGUCCAAAGACUGAUGACCUUGGAGGAGAGGAAACGCCACAAGGAGUUGGUCAAAGCAACAGAAACUCCCGAAGAGAAAAGACUGCGGAGGCUGCUGAAGAAGGAGAACAAGGAGAGGAAGCGCAAGGAGCGCAUGGGUUGGGACAACGACUACCUGCACUACACGAACACGGACAACCCGUUCGGCGACGCCAAUUUGCUGUCAACGUUCGUGUGGAAAAAGAAACUGGACAAGGCGGGGCUGAGUGGGGCCUCCAGAGAGCAACUCGAGGUCGUCAACCGCAGCAAGCAGGAGGAGAACAAGCGCGAGUUGGAAAAGGUGAAGAAGCGGAGGCAAGAACGGGAACUGGAGCGCCAACAGCGCGAGGACGAAAUGCAACUCAUCCAGAGGCAAAAAGAAGCGGCCCAAUUUCAGGAGUGGGAAAGGCAAGAGGACCAGUUUCAUUUUGAGCAGGCGCGUUUGCGGUCCAAAAUCCGUAUCCAGGACGGCAGGGCCAAGCCCAUCGAUUUGCUCGCGAAAUAUGUUCAGUCCGAGGAUGAUGUCGAUGCAGUCGAGAUGCACGAGCCUUAUGCCUAUCUCAACGGACUCACCAUCAAAGACCUGGAAGAUCUCAUAGAGGAUAUUAAGGUUUAUCGUGAGAUCGAAAGAGGACAAAACUCCGAGUUCUGGUCCGACAUCACCGUAAUUGUCCAGGACGAGCUGCACAAGCUGAGCAAAUUGGAGGGAUCGGCUGAAAAUGAAUUAAUUGGGCGUCGCGAAGGAAUCCAUCAGUCGGUGGCGAAGGAGGUGGCGUCCAUUUUCAAAGGAAAAACCGCAGCCCAGUUGGCAGCAAUCCAAGUGCAGAUCGAGUCCACAAUCAAUAAGAAGGCUGAAGGUGUUGACAUUGGCUAUUGGGAGUCCCUCUUGUCUCAACUGAAAGCUCACAUGGCUCGAGCAAGGCUCAGAGACCGACACCAGGCAAAUCUGAGGAAGAAACUGCAGAUUUUGAAAGAGCAGCAGGAAGUGAAGGAAGAGCCGGAGGACGAUUACGAAGAACCUUCUACAUCUACUUCAGCCCAAAUAGAAGUGCCAGAGGACCAAAGUGAGGACAGCAAGGCGGCAGACAAUGAGGCAGAAGAGGAGGCCAGUGGCGAAACUGCCGAAGGGCAAGAGGCAGACCAAAUGCUGAAUGAUGCGUUUGCUCAGUACGAACGGGGAAGUUACAGCCCCAAAUAUUUGGGUCCGGCCGCUCUUGAUGCUGGAACUGUGGUCAUUGCCGAGGAGGACGACGAGCAGCGCCUCCAGUUCGCAAGACAAAAGUUGCUUGGAAAAGGCAGCGUCAAAGUGGAAGAAAUUUCGGCAGAGGAGCGGGCGCUGCAGAAGGAAGCCCGGAUUGGGAUGACCAAUGAGGAGGUCCAGUUUUCAGUCGAGUCCACUUUGGAAAAGGAGGUUUACUUGUGGUCGGACAAGUACAGACCCAGAAAGCCCCGAUACUUCAACAGAGUGCACACCGGGUUCGAGUGGAACAAAUACAACCAGACCCAUUACGACAUGGAUAAUCCCCCCCCAAAGAUUGUUCAGGGCUACAAAUUCAACAUUUUCUAUCCGGAUCUGAUUGACAAGAACGCAACUCCUCAAUAUUUUUUGACACCUUGUGGGGACAAUCGAGACUUUGCCAUUCUGCGUUUCCACGCCGGACCGCCGUACGAAGACAUAGCAUUUAAAAUCGUCAACCGAGAAUGGGAAUAUUCGUACAAGAGAGGUUUCCGUUGCCAGUUCCACAACAACAUCUUUCAGCUUUGGUUCCAUUUCAAGAGAUACAGAUAUCGUAGAUGAACAAUCUUGUUGUGGCUGAUAUUGAAAAAUUUCACAUAUAAAUUAAAACUAUUUUA